AUGCUCGAAGACGCUUCCUUUCGUCGACUCUCACUAGAAACGCGUGCAAAGCUUAGGUCAACUCAGAUCCUGACAUCACUCCCCCAGAUUGUUUCCGAGCUUUUGCAGAACUCGCUCGAUGCCCAGGCUACUCGCAUCGAAAUAGGUGUGGAUUGCGAGGAAUGGGGCUGUUGGGUACGGGAUGAUGGUUCUGGAAUCUCCAAAAAUGACCUAGGCAGUCUGGCAAAACCAUCCGACGACCAGAGACGUUAUGGCACUUCAAAGGUUUAUGAUCCAUCUUCCAUGGACCACGUCUCGACCUUUGGUUUCCGGGGUGAAGCGUUAUCUUCCGCGGCUGAGCUAUGCUGUGUGGAAAUAGCCUCGCGGACCGCAAGGUCGCGAGAAAGCCACUCCAUUAUACUAAAGGGAGGAAAGUCCCUUUAUUUUGGUCCGUCCAUACGGUGGAAAAGAGAAGGGCAUGGCACCGUCGCCUGCAUUCGAGACGCUUUCUUUAAUUUGCCUAUCCGUCGCAUGUCCCAUCCCCCAUCUCACAAAACGUUGGACCUCAUACGGCAAGACAUUGAGACAUACGCCUUAGUAUCUCCAAACGUGUCUUUCUCAUUGGAAGAUACGAGCAAAACGCGGCAGCCGGGAAGUAGCAAGGGUCACCUGCUCCGUAUACCCAAGCAUUUUCAUAUGCACAUAUACGGUCCAGAUAUCAACAGACACCCGAUUGAAUUCUGCGACCUUCAUCGGACUAUUGACCUCGAGUUCUCUACUAGCUCCUUUGCGAAACAUGUAAAGUCCAUUUAUACCCGACGCUCUCCACGCAAAGGAGAAAAAAGGCCUGCAUACGUUCUGAACUUAAUCGUUGACCCUAAGCAUAUUGAUAACUGCCUCGAACCUGCGAAGACUUCAGUUGCCCUUGAGAACAAGAAUCAAGCUUCAUCCUUUUUGUCUUCCGCCAUCCGCGCGUUCUUGGUUCGGCAUGGCUUCUCGAGACAAACCCUAUCCCCUCGAAAAAGACGAAAAUUAGAGCCAGGACCCAGCAGGCAACCCGUUAACCUGGAUGAAGACAGCUCACAGGGCAAUCCCGGCGAGAAAACCCUGUACAUCAGGGGCUACGACCAUGACACUCAACACACCACAUGGACAGACCCGAUAACCCGCGAAGUUUUUGCCGUAGAUUGUCGAACGGGAAAUUCAUACCCCCGAGAGCGAGAUAUGCGUCCAAUGAAUUCCAGCAUUGAUGACCGGCCGAUGCUAAACAAACCUCUGCUACCCUCCGAGUCUGAAGGCGGCGCCGACCAUGAAAGUUGUAAAGCUAUGCCCCAGUGGCUAAAAGAUGCUCUUAACCCAAUUGAGGACCUUUGGUCCAACACCCCUCGCGAACCAUCCGGGAUGUGGCAGAAUCCACGCUCGGCGCGCCGGACACCACCCGGUACCCACACGAUUAUGACGUUGGGGAGAUUCGAUAAGAAAGGGAUCGCAAAUGCAGAAGUCGUCAAGCAAGUUGACCAAAAAUUCAUUGCAUGUCUCAUCGACUCCAGUGAGGAAUCGCUUCAAAGUCGGUCUCUGGUUCUGCUUGACCAACAUGCUGCCGAUGAACGGAUACGCGUAGAACGUUAUCUCAAAGAAUUAUGCUUAGGAUUUCUCAGACGGCCACCCUAUGAGCAAGGCGUCGAAACUGAAACGCUGGAGCCGGCAAGACCUGUCCUUCUGACCCUCCAGGAAGCGUCUUGGCUACACGCGAACUCUGGCUUUCGAUCAGUUUUUCGUUCAUGGGGGUUUGAAGUAUUAUUAUCUGAUAAAGAUCCUGAGGACGAUGAACAGUCUCACGCGGACGCGUAUACCCAGGUUCGCAUUCGGACUCUCCCUCAGGUGAUCAGCGAAAAGCUAAAAACUGGGCACGAAUUACAAGAAUUUGUCAAGGGCUACUUGGCUAAAUUGCACAAUGAGGAGCUUCAUGGGCUGGACUCAAUGCCUAGGAAAGAGUCUGGAGAAACGACGGACGACUGGUUGAAGGCGUUACGAUGGUGUCCCCGCGAGCUUAUCGAGCUCAUUAACUCUAAGGCUUGCCGAGGGGCAAUCAUGUUCAACGACCGGUUGAAUCACGAGCAAUGUCAGCGGUUGGUCAGACAGCUCGCAGAGACCAUCUUCCCGUUUCAAUGCGCGCAUGGAAGACCGUCCAUUGUGCCUUUGGCCGAUUUGAGCUCCGGAUGUCCACGGUCUACAGUGCCGCCUGUACCCUGGGAAGAGUUCAACAUAGCCUAA